AAUUAUUUUUGAAGAUGGGCAAGGUUUGUGCCAUUUUUGGAGGAUCCCGAGGAAUAGGAAAAGCUGUUGCAGAAUUGCUGGCACAGAGAGGCUGCCACCUGGCGAUUAUUGCUAGAAAUCUGGAAGUAGCCCAAACCACUGCAUGUAAUCUUGGUGGACAUCUGGCACUUCGCUGUGAUGUCUCCAGCGAACAAGAAGUCCAAAGUACAUUUGAGGAGAUGCAGAGGAAUUUAGGUCCUAUUAACUAUUUGGUUAAUGCAGCUGGGAUCAACAGGGAUGGUUUAUUACUGAGAACCAAGACUGAAGAUAUGAUAGCCCAGAUUCACACUAACCUUUUGGGAACAAUGUUGACGUGCAAAGCUGCUGUAAAAAGCAUGAUUCAGCAACAGGGAGGUGCUAUUGUCAAUAUAGGAAGUAUUGUAGGAUUUAAAGGCAACUCUGGUCAAAGUGUAUACAGUGCUAGCAAAGCAGGAUUAGUUGGAUUUUCACGCUCUCUUGCUAAAGAAGUAGCAAAAAAGCAAAUUCGAGUCAACGUGGUUGCUCCAGGCUUUAUUCACACAGAGAUGACUGCUCAUUUGGAAGAAGAUCAGUUGAAGAAAGCAAUUCUCCUUGGAAGAUUUGGAGAGCCUCGUGAAGUUGCACAAGCUGUUGUCUUUCUUCUAGAGUCUCCUUAUGUUACAGGGAGUACUCUAGUUGUAGAUGGCGGCUUGCAGCUUCUGACUUAAAUACUGCCCUGAAUAAGUACCUCCUUAAAUAAUCAUGAUGGUAAUAUAUAAAUAAUUAAAGGGGUGGGGGUGGUGGAAAUUAGUUGAAGAUUCAUGUACGUAAUUCCCUUGAUAUUCUGAAGUCAGAGGAGAAAUUCAGCAGCAGUGGGUUCCAGCACGUAUGUUUAGCUACCUGGUAGACUCCAUUUGGUACUCUGAAGUCUGUGUGUGUAACAAUUUGAAAAAGAUCUGGUUUUUGUGUAGUGAUGAUUUUAAAUAAUGUGCUGAUACAUUUUUAAAGCACUGUAUUUUUAUAAAGUUGUGUUUUCCAGUUUGGGAUGGAGUAGAGAUUUUAUUCAAACUAUGUUAUACAGAGGUUAAUAAAUUGCAGGGGCAUGUAUAUUGAUUAGCAGGUAUGAUUGCAUCAAGUUUUUCAUGUAGGCUGAAGAUUGCAAACUGUGUAAUUUUUUAUUCUUAUCAGUUAGUCCCUACAAAGCGUCAGGGAGUUUCAUUUGGGUUUUGUUUGUUUGUGGCUAAUACUACAAAGGUAGGAGCUUCUGUAUCUUCAGCAUAUGUGAAUUGCCUUUAGGAGAUUUAAUUAUACACAGUGUGUUUUUAUAAAGACAAAACCUGCUUGGUUGCAGUCUUCGAUGUAUGUACAGCGCUUGUGUAAUCCAGUAUCAGUUGCAUAUAGACAGGGAAGGUCUGUGCAUUGGUCAGUGGAGUUGCUAAUGCUCUAAUACUCUCAGUUUGAGCUGCACGUACACUGGUGAACAGCAGAGUUGCAGCCCUGGCUGCAUAAAAGACUUUACUGACUCAGUAGAUGUUUAGAAAGCACAUCCCAUUUCCAGAGUGAAGUGGAGGUGUAUUGCUGUAUAUGUUCUUGAGAGCUCGGUUUAACUGUGUUAUGUUGAUGCUCUUUAAUAUGUAUGUACAGUCAAUAAAAUAGCCAUUUAUUUUAUUCAAAGCAGCUUUUGAAGCAAAGUAAUUAUUCAGCUGUAAAUGGUCCUGAGUGUUCUUCUCUUGCUGAAAAAUUAUCAAAAAUUUGACCUC